AGAAAGGAAAGAAGGGGAGCAAGGAAGGAAAGGAAGGAAAGAAGGAAGGAAGGGAGGAAGGAAGGAAGGAAGGAAGGGAGGGAGGAAGAAAGGAAAGAAGGGGGGAAGGAAGGGACCACAAAGUAUAGGGAAUGACACAGCUCUAUUUCAGCCUAACUUGCAGACAGGGUCCUCCCUGAUUUGGAAUUUCCUGUAUGACAUGCUUGGGAAAGAGCUUUCUGGCCGUUCACUCCCUCUGGGCAUGUCUGGAAAAUAUCUCACACAGGAGCAUUAAAGAGGACAAGCACACUGCAUGCAGCAGGCAGGGGCAGUCUAAAUGUUGAGACUAUUCACGCACACUGAAGUGAACAGACACGAGAGAAGUUUCUGCUGAAAUCUGGAGGCUUAAUUGCAAGGCCUGGGUAAAUGUUCCAGGCCAGCAGAGAAUGUGUCUCCUCGAUGAGCUUGGCUUAUCCUUCAUGACCGGUGGGGAGUGGGCCAAAUGGAGGCAAGAGCCAGUCCUUUCCAGUCUCUGAAAAGGAGCAUGCUCACAUCUUCCCUGGUGCUGGGCAGACCAGAAUGGCCCUUGGUCAUCUUCAGUGUGCCUGGGAAGGAAAGAGUUCACAAAAAGUAGUGUCUAGAGGAAGAUCGACGGAAGGAGGUUGGAAGGAAAACAGGUCAGGUGGGAGGAGGAUUAAUCCCAGGCCCAGUGGACUAUUGCCAUUUGUCCUCAUGUCCACAGUCAUUCACAUCCCCCCCCCCAGCCGCUCUUGCAGAGGCCCUGGCUGUCCAUGUGUACCUGCGGUAGUUGUCAUCCAGACUGUUUCACCUCCGGCUUCUCCUCUGCUUGCUCUCAGGUUCUCUAACGUGCUCUUGCAGCCCUGCAUCAACACUGCCCCUCCUGUACCGCAGGCACAGGUCCUGGUCUCCAGCAUCUCUUUCCAGGGCCCUGCAAAUGCCAACCAUGCUCCUGUCAUCGCCAACCAGAUCAAUAACGUCUCCAACCAGGGCCCUGAAGUCUACAACCCGGUUCCUGAAGGCACCACCCAGCUCUCGGAUGUCUCCAACCAGGGUGCCCUCUCUGCUGAACUGGAUAGGCAGAAGGUACUAGAUGCUGCCGAGGCUCUCCUGAUUCUGCAUAACUCCCCUCAGGCCUGGCAGGACCCUUGCAGCACUUCAGGUGCUGAUGGGGAGUGAAGACCACAGCUGACCUGCCUCUGGAAUUCCCCUAAGCCUACACACUCUGCUUCACCGAAUGACAACUGGACAUCUUGAGAGCACCCUAGGAGAGCUGAAAAGGUGGCCUGCCAAGCACUAGACUGCCUGUCAAAUUCUGUUUCUGAGUUUGCAACAUAGUUCCCAUCCAAACUGCUUAUUUCCUUUUCUUAAGCUUUAGGCAUUGUGUGGGCUGUUAAAACCUUAUCUUGAGGUAGGGUAAUGACUUAACUGUGGUUGUAUAUUCUGGACCUUGCAUACCCCCCCUUUCUUUGGUUUUCUUGUCUUCUUGUUUGUUUUUGGUUGUACGACAUGGACCUUUCUGUGUGUCCUCAAAGCUGCACUGAACAACAGACUGUUAACGGACCGUUCACACGGUUCUGAGCCCGCAACUAUGGCAGCAUUUUCUGUCUCGUCAUUGUUUGCAUACUUGAAUAAUCCUGUACCUAGCCAUGUCUUAAGAUAUGUCAGGAUGCAUCACCUGGGUCUAGUAAUCUCUGUGUAUACACAAAUAAAGUUUCAUUGUUGUAAAGCAA